AUGGUGGGGAGACACACUCAACGCUCGGUCCACUCCACCACCGACACCGAAUUCCCGCUCGUGCAGUCCAUCGAGGAUGCCCACAAAGUGGGCUGCCACCAUAUUGUGACCGACGCCAAGGGCCAACGGGCGGCCAGUGCUGGCUUUGCGGGAGACAUAAAGAUCUGGUCUUGUCAGGAGGGCAAUUGGUCCGCAGACAGGGUCAUCACAGCCAAUCUGACGGCGGCGGAUGCCUGGGCGAUUGCCUUGUCCCAGGAUGGACAGUACCUGGCCGGUGCCACGCAGGACGGACACAUCAAGUUCUCUUCCCUUGACACGUCCAUCCAGUCUUCGGAUGGCCGGUUCAUUGCUAGCGGACACGAAAAUGGUGCCGUCUACAUAUUCAGCACGGAAACCGGCCGCAUGCCGUUUUCUCUAUCAGGUCUGGUGAAGCCCGUCCGAGCGGUGUCCUUUUCGCCCGGUGGGAAGCUGCUGGCGGCAGCUGGUGAUUCCAAGGUCAUCGUGCUGUAUGAUACAUCGUCCGGUGAACAAGUAGCCAACCUCUCAGGCCACUCCGCGUGGAUCAUGUCUCUAGCCUGGAGUCACACCGGCGAAUAUCUUCUCAGCGGAUCGUUUGAUGGAAAAGUCAAAGUCUGGUCAAUCGACACCAAGUUAUGUGUGGCCACCCACUCCGAGACCGAGAAAGCACUCUGGAGCGUCAAGUGGCUCCCCAAGACAGGCAAAACAGAAGGAUUUGCAACCGCCGGGGCCAACCGCAGUCUGUCUUUCUACCGGGAGGCAACGGGGGGUUGA